AGUGUCUCCAGAAAUCUUUGCAAGGAAGCAUCGCCGCUCGCUCGGCUUCUGCCGCUCUCUCUCUACCUCGGUCACGCCAGCGAAAAAAAAAAAAUUCCUUGCGACCCAUUACCGAGAGACAUUACCAAAACAGAAACUAAAUCAUCGUAUACUAUUUGAGCUUCCCAGUGACUUUAGCAAGGAAAUGGCGAUCGAUUCGUUGCAGAACUUCUCGUGUGACCCUUUGAAAGAUAAACACUCAAUCUGAAGGAUGAAUUGACCGUCAGUGACUGAAAGGAGAUGAAACAGUGAGGAAAAGACGGAGAUAUGAAAGUGACGAAAUAGAUUUUAAAAAUAGUAAGUGGCAACCUUCUCCGCGCGCGUUCAUACACUUGACACAAUCCUCACGUCAUUGUUUGUCAGGUUACUGACGGUUCUGGGUCAUUCCUCGGUUGCAAAGCCAAAGCAAAAAACAAAAUUAAAACAGCAGGGCGAAGAUGAUGUCUGCCGGUCGCCGACACGUUUGGUCCCCGUGGGCCCGGAUGCUACCAGUUCUCCUCGCUACUCACGCUGUGUGCUUCUCUCCCGAAUUCUCUGGUCCUGUCACCAACGUCACAGUAGCCAGGGGACGAGACGCCAAGUUCACCUGUCUCGUCAGACACCUUGGAGGCUAUAGGGUAGGCUGGGUGAAGGCGGACACGAAGGCCAUCCAAGCGAUCCACACACACGUCAUCACUCACAAUCCUCGCGUCCAUGUGAACUUCGAUGAUCACUCCACUUGGCACCUGGUAAUUAAAGAAGUCACAGAGGACGACAAGGGGCCAUACAUGUGCCAGAUCAACACAGAUCCCAUGAAAAGUCAGAUGGGAUUCCUGGAAGUGCUCCGCCCUCCAGAGAUAGACGACGACAUGAGCUCAGGGGACGUGGUCGUCACGGAGGGCGAGAUGGCGACGCUGAAAUGCGUCGCCACGGGUCACCCGAAACCUUCCGUGACCUGGAUCAGGGAGGACAGUGCCAACAUCACGAUUUCCGACGGUCACAGUGCCAAGCAAGUUCAAUCGUGGGAAGGAGAGGCCUUGACCCUACGGCGAGUGUCCAGGGACGACAUGGGGGCCUAUCUGUGUAUCGCCCAAAACAAAGUUCCUCCGCAGGUCUCCAAGCGAGUUCUCCUACACGUCCACUUCCAUCCGAUCAUCCACGUGCCGAACCAGCUGAUUGGGUCCCCUUACGGGACGGACGUGACGCUGGAGUGUAAAGUGGAGGCCUCUCCGAAGCCGGUGACCUUCUGGAGUAAUUCGCACGGCGAGAUGCUGAUGUCGUCCUCGAAGUACAAAGUGAGCGAGGAGCACAACAAACCCGGCGGCUAUUCUGUUCACAUGCGGCUGACCAUCAGGGACCUCACGGCAGCCGAUAUCGGCAACUACGCAUGCGUCGCCAAAAAUUCCAUCGGCGAAGUGGAUUCCAACAUCAACGUUUACUACAUUCCUCCCCCAACGACUACACCACCUCGCCUCUUGCCCACCUUCAUCGAGACGAAUCGCGUCGACCAAGACGACAACCACCUAACCUCACCUGGCUUCGUUCCGGGAGGCCUGACUCCUCUGGACGCUGUGGACAACGAGGUGUUCAAGAUGGGAGGGACGUACGAGGGGUCGGGCCUGGACCCUUGGCUCUACCGGAGGAAAUACACGGAGAAGGGCCGCUCCAUCCCCACGUCGGAGAGCGCCUCCCUCCCGGAGAUCAAACCCCGGUUUCACGACAGCAACGACAUCGACAACUCCUUAGGGGCGUCCUCCUCCAACACGCAGUACAGCGGCGGUUUUGCCCUGGGGGCGUCUGACUCGCUGCUCAGUCGGUUCACCAGAAACUGUGCCCUCGUGGCAUUAGGGCUGAUGGGGGCUCUAAUAAUGCUGCGGCCCUAGUGACAAAGCAAUCACCACCAUUUCUGCCUACAUAUGCUUAGCUCCCCUUUUAUUCUCCAUUUAGCACUAUUUCUAUUCACGAGUCACUUGGAAAAGAGAGAGAGAGAGAGAGAGAGAAAACGAAACCCUUCAGAAGCCAGAAUUCCGUCACAAGUCCACCCAUCCAGCAGUACUUGUAUAUAGUUAGCUGUUCCUGCCCUCGACAACCCAGAGUUUCUCCAGCUAUUGAGUGGAGUGGCGACCAUACCCAUACAGAAUGCAAUGCAAUAACAAUAUCAACGUGUUUGUUCCUGUUCUUUGCCAUAUGAAAACGUAAGGAAACAUGACAAUGCUCAACCCAAAAGUCCACAGUUUAGACAAGCAACAGAAAGAUGCUGACCUUUUCCUGUAUAAGUUGGCCUUACUGUAUUUACGUUCCAAGAGUCGCGAGUUCUGUAGACUCUUUACUCUCCUCUCUAGGUACAUAACUCUAAUAACUCAACCAUAUCAUUGCUUGUAAAAAUGUAAGUCUCAACACUGCUAGUAUUAAUAUGAUAAAGAACUUUUCGUAUAUAAGAUACGUUAGACAGUAGAUUAUUAUACUUUGUAACUGAGUGCCAUCAACACGAUUGCGACGUCAAGACUAUAUUUGAUUUUAUUCUAUUUGUCAGUUUUUGUUUAUGUUUUGGAGAGGGGGAACAAGGCGAGAAAGUGUCUCUCGUCUCUUUCUUUGUGCCCCCGAGGUUAGAGGUUGGGAUGCGAGGACUUAGAUCCAGUCCUUGCCAAGGCCUUGCUACCCGUCUGAGAUACUGUUGCGAUGGACACAAAAAGACAAACUGAAGUAUCAUCCUGAAUUGCAUUUGUCUCCUUUGCUGUAUGAUGCAGAUCAUUUUUUUUAUUCAGUCUCGUGUGUUGAGUUACUACUAAAUGUUCUCAGUGAGCCCAGUGAAGAAAUUAAAAAGCACCGUAGUUGGUUAGUAGACUUUAAAAGAUAAAGUAUUUGAAGACACUGAUCUGCCAGACGUGGAAGAAGGCAGAUUUCGUUGGAUAAGGAAAGUGGUACCUGAGGCAAGAAGGAAUUCCUAAUAGAAACUGAGUUUGCUGAAAAGGCGAUCGACAUGGAAAUUGUCGUACUCGAUAUCAGAGUUGAGCAAAAUCACUUUUUUUUAUGAGUGUUCUUUCGUCUGUUAAUUUGUGUCCCUAUAUACCGCUUCAAUAUAUUGAUUAUGUAUUCGACUAUGUGGAUGGAAAAUGAAAAAGCGUUUUUAACUUCGCGGAGGUGAAAACUAUUUGAUUUUUUUUUUUUACAUAUACCUGAAGUUGUUUUUCUAAAGCAAGUCAAAGGUGUAUCUCAAAUCACAGCAUGGAGGAAGGGCCCGAUUUGGACGGUUUGCAAACAUUGUAUUUUGACUUCCUUUUCAUUUUCAAAAUGUCCGUGUUGCCACACAACGUGAUAUUUUAUGUAAAUUGUCCAGCUGUUCUCAAAUUCCAGAAAAUUGCAAAUUACCUCUUGUUGGUUUUGAAAACGACCAGAUGAAGGGGAAACUGACAAACACUUGUAAUUUAUAUAUAAAUAUAUAUAUAUAUAUAUAUAUAUAUA